AUGAGGUGGUUCCUACGGUUGAAAAAGGAAACGAAUCUCCGGUCAUUAGACAAAGCUUUCUACGGCGGCCAACCCAACUUCACUGCCAAACCAUUAAUACGAAAAGUCCCAUCAACCCUUCGCCGUAACGAAGAUUUCAAGAAGUAUUUCAUGCCGAAAGUGAUCUCAAUCGGCCCACUCCACCACGAUGAUCUCACCCUCCCUGAAUCCAAGGAGCUCAAGCUCAAAUUAGCAGCACAUUCCGUCAAAAAAAUUGGCCUCGAUAAGGAAUCCUUGUACAGAAACAUUAAGAAAGAGAUGGAUGGCUUGAAGGAAUGCUAUGAUCCACAGGAAUUAGAGAAGUAUAGCGACGAUAACAAGGAACUGGCUUGGAUGUUCUUCGUUGACGGCUACGCAAUUUUACAAGCAGUUUUUUACAUGCGUUACGGUAAUGAUGAUGAUGAUGAUGGUAAAUUGUUUAUUAAAAACGAUUUGCUGACAUUUAUGUACUCGGAUCUGUUCUUGCUGGAAAAUCAAUUACCUUUUCGUGUUCUUGAAUUGCUUACAAGCCAGAGAGAAAAUGGCGAAAAGUUCAUGAAUGCAAUCCAAAGGUUCAUCGACGAUACUGUUAUCAACCCAGGCGAGCACAGUGAAUGGUGGCGGGAGCAGCAAAAAGAAGGACAGCAAAUUCACUUAUUGCAUCUACUACGAGUAAGACUCCUUACCGAAGAAGCAAAACCAUGGUGGUGGUGGUGUGGGUGGCGUUUGCGGUUUUUCAAUGAACACGGAUUUAGCAACGAAGCAAGAACAAAACGGUACCAUUCACACACCAUUGGUAACGUAAAAGAGCUUAAAAAGGCCGGGAUAUGGUUAAAAGCAAGCAAAACAAGUUGUUUAACCGACAUCAGUUUCAACCAUAUCUUCUUCUUCGGAAAAUUACGGUUACCGCCGAUCACCGUUAAUGAUUCAACCAUGAACUUAAUAGCUUACGAAAUGUGUCCGGAUUUCGACAACGAUUUCACCGUCACUUCAUAUAUGUGUUUCCUUGAUUUAUUGAUCGAUGAAGCCGAAGAUGUUAAAGACCUUAGAGACGCCGGCAUACUAUACAAUAGAUUGGGGAGUGAUGAAGAAGUGGCUAAGCUUUUCAAUAAGAUGAACAGUGAUUUGGUUCCUAGUCCGAUGAUUUACAGUGGGGUUAAACGGAACAUACAUAAUCAUUGUAAGACAAUGUGGAUUAAUCAUGCGGCUCAAGGUUAUCAUACUUAUUUUAGGAGUCCUUGGACGUUUUUGGCAUUUUUGGGUGCCAUUGCUGCACUUACUCUCAGUGCUUUGCAGACUUAUUAUGCCAUGCAUCAACAAAAUCGCGUACGAUCUGGUGACCUGCUUGUGCUGCGCAAUUUCAUGCCUACGUCAAACGACUCUGUUUCUACGAACACUAGUAAUCCGUCCAAUUUCCAAUCUGCAAAUUCUCAUUUAAUACAAAGCUUUCCUAGGCAUGAUACUGUCAAAUUAGAUGAGUCUAAUUUUGUGCAAUGGCAGCAUCACAUAAGUUUAAUUGUUGGAGGCUAUGAAUUAACUGGUUUUCUUGAUGGUACUUUACUUGCUCUACCGAGGUUCAUCCAAUCUCAGGAGGGUCCUCCGAUUCCGAAUCCAGAGGCUUCGUUGUUUCACCAGCAAGAUAAGCUUCUUGCAUCAUGGUUACUUUCUACUGUUAGUAGCCCUCUGCUUUCCUAA